CCUCGCGAACCGGUCCGACGGUUCCUUCCUCCUAGAGACGGCGCUAUGCUGCUCCACGAGCUCUCCUCUCUCCUCCGCCGUCGCGGCUUCAAAACCCUCCUCACCUUCCUCCACCACUGCCGCCGCCUCGGCGAUCCCCUCACCUUUUCCUUCUCCUCCGUCACCACUGCCGCCACCGCCGCCGCCGUUAAAAGCUCAUCUCCCGGACCCCAGUUCAUGGUGGAGUACCUUAUCACGUCCUGUGGCCUCUCUCCGUCCGAGGCUGCCAAGGCCUCCAACCACCUCCGUCGCAUCAAAUCCCCUCAACGGCCAGACUCCGUCCUUGGUUUCUUCAAAAGCCAGGGUUUUGACGACGCCGACGUCAAAAAGAUCGUAUAUGGUCAACCCAGAUGUCUCGGCUUCGACGUGGAGAAGACCCUGGCCCCAAAGUUCCGAGCUUUACGAGACCUGGGCUUCUCACAGUCCGAUCUCCACCACCUCGUCCUCUCCCAUCCUUCCGUCCUCAACUUGAGGUUACACCGCACCCUCCUUCCUAGGAUCGAGGUUUGGAGGAAGCUUUUUGGCUCCAUGGAGCUCCUGAAGAAAUUUCUGAAGAGGAAGAAUCGGUUUCUCUGGUGGAGCAUCGAGAAGAGGAUCCUUCCUAACCUCUCACUCCUGCGGGACUACGGCAUUCCAGACAAGAGAAUCUCUCUUAUGGUGAAGCGAGGCCCAUCACUCAUUGCCCGGAGGCCAGAUUCACUCCGGCAUUUAGUCGGUCGCGUCGAGGAGCUGGGCGUACCACCCCAUUCGGGGAUGUUCGCCUGGGUCCUUCCAACUCUCCACACAUUCAGCAAAGCUAGAUUCGCGGCCAAGAUGGAGCUCAUGAGGAGCUUUGGGUGGUCGGAGUCAGAGUUCCUGACGGCAUUCUCUAAGGCGCCUUGCAUGUUGAAUGUAUCCAAGAAGAUGAUGCAGAGAAAGAUGGAAUUUUUGGUGAAGGAAGCUGGAUGCACGCCCUCCUAUGUCGCUCGCUUCCCAGUGCUUCUGAUGUGUAGCUUGGAUAAGAGAUUGGUUCCUAGGUACCGAGCCAUAGAGAUUUUGAAGUCAAAAGGCUUGCACACUAGGAAACAUGACCUGUACAGGAUCAUGUGUGUCUCAGAGAAGGAUUUUUUUGAGAAAUUUAUUCUCUGCCACAAAGAGAAAGUGCCUGAACUGCAUGAAAUGUUUACUGCUGGCUGCAAAAAGGCUGCCUCCUAAUUCAGGAUUCUAUGAGGAACGAGAAUGACUUGCCUUGUUGCAGGUUCAUUUGGUACUAGUAAACACUAUUGUUCAAUCAAGCAUUGUAGGACAUGUUAUGAGAUGGAUUCAAGCCUCCAAGAGGCAUUUUUGCAAGGUCAAACUUGAAAGUUGCAAAUUUUUAGAUUUGAGAGCACAUUGGUUUUGAUUGCAAAAUUUGAAAAGCAUAAUUUUAUAAAAUAUUUUUGUACAUUGAUAUGUUGAGCAAAAUCUUGUAAACCUUUUUGCAUUUCAUGAAGCAUCAUAAAACAGCUGAAAAUUUAAAAUUUAAAUACACACACACACACACACGAAUCUCUAUUAAAAAUUUUGAAAAUUGCUUUUGUCGAUUUUGACAUGAAAACACAUGUUUAGUGUAUUACAUUUUUACUAAUAUGUUAUAUGUGCAAAGUCAUGUUUAACUAUUUUUCUUGCUUCUAUCGUCUUUCUAAAUACAUUUCCAUUUUUUUGGAAGUUUUUCCAUACUUUUUUAUAUUCUAAUAUACUAAUGUUUUUAAAGUUUCCACUAUAAUUUUUUCAUCCUAAGGAUCCAAAACAAUAUCCUCUAAAAUGGUGUGUGAUUUGUAUUCUUGAUUUUUUUUUUUUUGAACUAUUUCUGAAAUCAUAUUGGCUUUUUUAUACCUUGUUUGGUUGAAGAUCUGAAACUUCAAUCGAAAUAGUUGACACUAUCAAAACUGUUCAAAUCAAGUCCUAUUUAGCCUGAGUAAAACUGAAACUAGAACCAAGUAUUCAAACCUUGAUUCUUAUGUUUUAUAUGUGUUCAUCGGUGUCUGUGCAUGCAUGCAUGCCUGGGAACACAGUAUGUAGUAGAUUCUUUCUUUUUGAUGAGUAACACAUGCUGGUAUGGGGUUUAGAUCUAUGGAUGGGCACUGAAGGAAAAAGAUCAUAUUACGAAAGAUUUCAAGUGUCAGACAUCUUAAUCUCUAGCCCCUAUGGGUGAUAGAUGAUGUGCAUGGAUAUGGAGCCAAUUCAAGCUCACUCCAUGGCUUGGUGAAGCUAACCAAAUAACUCAUUCGGUGGUCCAUGUUGUCAGGAAUUUGAUUGAAGCCAUAUGUCUCAUGGAAGUUAAAAUGCAGAUAUUUCACAUUCAAUUUGAUAGCGAACUUGGCUCAUUGAAUAUAUGGGAAUAUCCAUCAGUUGCUUGUAAAGAUAACAAUGUUUAAUGGUACUCAGUAUUCU